AUGUGGGGCAUGUGUGGGAGCGUGUUGGCAGAGGGCAGCUGCGUGGCUUGUGACCAGGUCAGAACUGUGACCAGCUGCCGUGCUGGCUCCCAACAGCCCGGACACCCCAAGCAGACACCGAAGAACGGCGAGGUUCAAGAAGUAGAACAAUGCUUGAAGCGCUUAUGGAAAAUGAACUUGGUGGGCUGCAUUGAAACUCUGGCAGGACUGAUUCCCAAGAAAAAUACUUCCCAAGCCCACACGGAGUGCUUAGUUCCCAGCCAGCCUAUGCUGGAAACAGUGGCUGUGAAGGUGUUGGGAGGUUGCAAACUCAUACUACGUCUACUGGACUGUUGCUGUAAAGCUUUUCUCUUGUCCGUUAAACAUCUCUGCUCAGAAGAAUUCAUACUUUUGAACACUGUGGCUUCGGGGUUGUUGAGCCGGCUAUGGAUUCAGUACAGGUGUGUAUUGCAGAGCCUCACAUCCCUGUAUGGCAUCUUGUCGACAUCCCUUCGUCUGGUGUCCGAGACCCAACAGAUGCCUUAUAUCAAGGGGUUUACCUUCCCUUCUGAUAUCAGUAACUUCCUUGGAGUUAACGUUUCCUCUGAGGUGAAGAAGCAAAAGGCUAGAAUGCUGACAACAAAAAAACCUACCAGCUGGCUGAAGAAGCUCUCCCCAGAAAUGCCAGAGGCAGUGUCACAGGUUGGGAAAAAGAGAAAUUUUGCGACCUGCACGAGUGCUGUGAAAAACUGUAGCAUCGCCAUGGACAUCGGCGAGCCAGUUCUGGUGACCAGAGCCAGCAGAGGGAAGCACCUGGAGUUUGAUGUGAAGAGCUUACUUAGACCAUCCAGACCUCCAACACAAGAGGGUAUAAGCACUGCAUCAACACCUUUUAAAGCAAAGUCGGCAUCGCUUUCGUCUCGUAUAGCAAAAUUGCAGCAUUCUGGAUCUCUUGUACAGAUGGUCCAAACAGCUGCGUCAUUUGGGGAGCUCUCAGAGGCACUCAGAAAAGCUAUUCUGUGGUGCAGAGGCAACAAAUUCAGAUCAGCAGCUUAUUUUCUGCGUAACAAGUUGCUGAAAAGCAACCGGCUGCACCACGUGGAGGCUCAAGGAUGCAGCUUGAAGAAAAAACUGUGCUGUGUCAAAACAUCUGUCCGUAAAUACCUCCUGUACGGGUCACAAAGCACACGCUGGCCAAAGCAAUACCUGAUGGCACGGUUCUGUCGAAGGAGGAUCACAUCAUCCAUGCACUUGAAGAGAACUCUGAAGACUGUUUGGAAAAAACCUUCUGAACUGUCUGCGGUCUGUGAGAGCAGCACAUCACUCAUCCUCCCAGCUUACCAGGAUGGGCCUCCGAGUUGGGAAGGACAGUCCAACGCUGAUACAGGCUGUGUCAAACGAAGCACAGCAGGGACCCCUAAGCGGCUGCUGCUGGAAGGAAGCCCUGGACCCCUGUGGGAAGAAGCUGCUGAGAACAUGGAUAUUGAUUCUAUUUUUGCAGCAAUGGGUGUCUGA